UGGUAAUUUGGUAAUUUCACUCUUAUUUCUCUUAAGAUUUCAACGCUUAUAAGAAAUCAAUUUUAAUUUAGUGCAGAAACCAAGAAAUUCUACCAAAAGAAAGUCUCGCGUCCUCCAUAUUUUGGGGCACAGUGUGCUUCAAAAUCCUUCUCAGAAAUGGCACCUAUAGUUCCAGGAGCAGUCAUCGUGAUUAUGGGUGUUAGCGGUGCUGGAAAAACAACUAUAGGUAAUCAUCUAGCUGAAGCUGCAAACUGUGCUUUUCUUGAUGCAGAUGACUUCCACCCGGAUUCUAACAAAGAAAAGAUGAGAAAAGGAAUUCCACUCUCUGAGGAAGAUCGGAUGCCUUGGCUUCAAAUGUUAUGCAAAGCAUUGAAAGAGCGCAUAACAAAUGGGGAAAUUACAGUUCUUGCUUGUUCAGCGCUGCGGAAGAAUUACAGAGAAAUUCUUAGAUCAUCAGACCCAAAUCAUAUUCCAGGGAGACAGGGUAGCUCAGUGAAGUUUGUUCUUCUUAAUGUUCCCGUUGAAGUCCUUGCUGACCGGCUGAAUAAAAGACUGACAAAUGGGGAACAUUUUAUGCCACCUUCAUUGCUGCAGUCUCAGUUACAGUUACUUGAGAUUGAUGCCUCUGAAGAAAUACUUCAAGUUGAUGCUACACAGGAUCCCACAACUAUUGUGGAAACUAUACGACAUUCGCUUGUCCAGUGGAAGAUAAUUGAAAGCUACUGACAGGACUGCUAUACAGAUACAUACAUUUCUGAUUUGCCCGAUUCUAUAUGGCUUCAAUUCUUUUCCUGGAUAAGGUCGAAUAGCUUAAUUCUUGAAUAAGUAGAUAUGGAAAAAUUAUUGUGUUGUAACUAAUUCAACAACUAUGAAUGUAUAUGUUGUUGAUGAUCCAUUGUGUAGAAACUUAAAAGAUGGGUGUAAUGGAUGAUUCAACUGAUGAAAACAAGAUUUUACAAUCCAUCA